CUUGAGCAGGGCCUGGCAGAGGCGGCUCUGGGCGGGUCUGGGCAGCCGCUGGGUUUUGGGAACCCGGGAGCUGUGGGAGGAGCCGGCGGCCUCACCGUGGUAACCACAGCGCCGCGGCUGCCCCGCCUUGCAGGCCUCAGGACUGUCAGCGCUUUGGGGUGUGAGGGUACUUUGGCCACCGUCCCCGGAAAUAGCCCCGUCGGCCUCUCAGAUUCCCCUUCCCCUCCCCACGCCGCCGUCGCCGCCGCCAUGCAAGGGGAGGACGCCAGAUACCUCAAAAGGAAAGUUAAAGGAGGUAAUAUUGAUGUACAUCCAUCAGAAAAAGCACUCAUUGUUCAAUAUGAAGUGGAAGCUACCAUUCUUGGAGAAAUGGGGGAUCCCAUGUUGGGAGAGCGAAAGGAAUGCCAAAAAAUCAUACGUCUAAAGAGUCUCAAUGCCAACACAGAUAUAACUUCCCUGGCACGGAAAGUAGUUGAAGAAUGUAAGCUCAUUCAUCCUUCAAAACUCAAUGAGGUAGAACAGCUGUUGUACUAUCUACAGAACCGCCGAGACUCAUUGUCAGGAAAAGAAAAAAAAGAAAAAUCAAGCAAGCCUAAAGAUCCACCUCCUUUUGAAGGAAUGGAGAUUGAUGAAGUUGCUAACAUUAAUGACAUGGAUGAGUAUAUUGAAUUACUAUAUGAAGAUAUUCCUGACAAGGUUCGAGGUUCUGCUUUGAUCCUACAACUUGCUCGAAAUCCAGAUAACUUGGAAGAGCUACUACUGAAUGAAACUGCCCUUGGUGCAUUAGCAAGAGUCCUGAGAGAAGACUGGAAGCAAAGUGUUGAAUUAGCCACAAACAUAAUUUACAUAUUUUUUUGCUUUUCUAGUUUUUCUCAGUUUCAUGGGCUUAUCACUCACUAUAAAAUCGGAGCUCUAUGUAUGAAUAUUAUUGAUCAUGAAUUAAAAAGACACGAGCUUUGGCAAGAAGAACUUUCUAAGAAGAAGAAAGCUGUUGAUGAAGAUCCUGAAAACCAAACCUUGAGAAAGGAGUAUGAAAAAACCUUUAAAAAAUACCAAGGGCUUGUGGUAAAACAAGAACAGCUAUUACGAGUUGCUCUUUAUUUGCUUCUCAAUCUUGCUGAGGAUACUCGUACAGAACUGAAGAUGAGGAACAAGAACAUAGUUCACAUGUUGGUGAAGGCUCUUGAUCGGGACAAUUUUGAGCUGCUUAUUCUAGUCGUGUCAUUCUUGAAGAAACUCAGCAUUUUUAUGGAGAACAAAAAUGAUAUGGUGGAAAUGGAUAUUGUUGAAAAACUCGUAAAAAUGAUACCUUGUGAGCAUGAAGAUCUGCUGAAUAUAACUCUCCGGCUUUUACUAAACCUCUCCUUUGACACAGGACUGAGGAAUAAGAUGGUACAAGUUGGACUGCUUCCUAAGCUCACUGCACUCUUAGGCAAUGAAAACUACAAACAAAUAGCAAUGUGUGUUCUUUACCACAUAAGCAUGGAUGACCGCUUUAAAUCAAUGUUUGCAUACACUGACUGUAUACCACAGCUAAUGAAGAUGCUCUUUGAAUGUUCAGAUGAACGAAUUGACUUGGAGCUCAUUUCUUUCUGCAUUAAUCUUGCUGCUAAUAAGAGGAAUGUACAACUUAUCUGCGAAGGAAAUGGGCUGAAGAUGCUCAUGAAGAGGGCUCUGAAGUUCAAAGAUCCAUUACUGAUGAAGAUGAUUAGAAACAUUUCCCAGCAUGAUGGACCAACUAAAAAUUUGUUCAUUGAUUAUGUUGGGGACCUUGCAGCCCAGAUCUCUAAUGAUGAAGAGGAGGAGUUUGUGAUUGAAUGUUUGGGAACUCUUGCAAAUUUGACCAUUCCAGACUUAGAUUGGGAAUUGGUUCUUAAGGAGUACAAAUUGGUUCCAUAUCUGAAGGAUAAACUAAAACCCGGUGCUGCAGAGGAUGACCUUGUUUUAGAAGUGGUGAUAAUGAUUGGAACCGUAUCUAUGGAUGACUCCUGUGCUGCCUUACUAGCUAAAUCUGGGAUAAUCCCUGCACUGAUUGAAUUACUAAAUGCUCAACAAGAAGAUGAUGAAUUUGUGUGUCAGAUAAUUUAUGUGUUCUACCAGAUGGUUUUCCACCAAGCCACCAGAGAUGUUAUAAUCAAGGAAACACAGGCUCCAGCAUAUCUCAUAGACCUGAUGCAUGAUAAAAAUAAUGAAAUCCGAAAGGUCUGUGAUAAUACAUUAGAUAUUAUAGCGGAAUAUGAUGAAGAAUGGGCUAAGAAAAUUCAGAGUGAAAAGUUUCGCUGGCAUAACUCUCAGUGGCUGGAGAUGGUGGAGAGUCGUCAGAUGGAUGAGAGUGAGCAGUAUUUGUAUGGUGACGAUCGAAUUGAGCCAUACAUCCAUGAAGGAGAUAUUCUCGAACGACCUGACCUUUUCUACAGCUCAGAUGGAUUAAUUGCCUCUGAAGGAGCCAUAAGUCCAGAUUUCUUCAGUGAUUUUCAUCUUCAAAACGGAGAUGUGGUUGGGCAGCAUUCAUUUCCUGGCAGGAAUACAAGUCCAUUGAAGAGGAGUUGUUGAACUCAUUAAUCUCUACUGAGAAGAUGACAAUAAGCAGACUUAAUGGACACUGAAAAUUUCGGGUUAACUGUGAAAAAAAUAAAAUCUUAAGUGAAUUUUAAAUAUCAAAAAAGCUCAUUCUCUAAAUACCCUUAAAAAGAGGGACCAUUAUCUGUUUUGAGAGUAUUUUUUUCUUUAAAUAAGGGAAUGGUCCAGAUAACUUAUAAAUUCUUUCCCUACUUCUUUAUCAUGUACCUUUGAUAAAUAAGUACUGUCAAGUUAUCUGGGAAAAAAAUAAAAAUAAAUAUAUAAAAGGUGAAUUUUUAUCAUUCCUAAUGCUUUCAAUGAUUUGAGUGACAUUAGUGUGUGGGUGAAACAUGAAACAAUAUGACACUGCCAAGUGGCUUACUCCUCGGCCAGCUCUUAGGGUACUUUGGUCUUUGUUGUAUUUUUAACAUUUCAGCUUGCUUAUAUUCAUGUAAAGUAUAUUAUCCCAAACUCCUGCCAAGUAAGGAAUAAAUUUCUAAUUUGCAUGAUAUGAGGGGCUUUUUAAUUGUUCAAAAAAAUUUUUUUUAUUUUUUUCUAAGAUGGCAGUUUAGUACCAGGACAAAUGUGUUAAAAUCAGAGGAACAAAGCCAGAUUUAGAGAAGUGUUUGAGCGGUCCAAAGUGGUAUUUUUCUUAAAAUUCAAGUCAGGGGUCUUUUUUAAUCUGAAUGCCUGCAUUUUUCUAAUAUAGCAAGGCAGUUAAAUUGGAAACAGUGAAAACUGUAAAACUCAUCUCUCCUGUUAUACAGGAGAGACUAGAUGUUUGAUAAAAUAGAUACUGGCAGCUGGACAGCGAAUCCUGGAUUUUAGACAUGUGUCACUAUUGGUUUGAACUUCUUGGCGCCAGGAUUUCCCGACAUUUAGAGCUAAUGCAAAAUGCAUUAGGGCUCCAAGGCAUUAGCUGUGGAGUUGCCAAUCCCAGAGUGUCAAAUGUAAAUCUUCCCCUCCCCAGAUCUGAACUGGUGUUAGAAAGUAAAGUGGAACUUAUUAUUGAAGCUAAUUAAAAAUAAUAGGAGCAAGGCUAGCUUUUUUUUUUUUUCCUGUUAUACACCAUGUAUCCACGCCAUAUUUUUGGACCUUUUUUUUAUUAUAACUCUUACUUUUCAAGACUAACAAGAACCUCAUGUUAAGAGUAUUUUUAAACUGCUUCCAGCUUUUACAAAUCAGUUUUUGUUGCAGUAAAAAUGGUCCAUUUUUCUUUUAUAGGAAUCCAAUUUUCAUAAACUGGAAAAAAAUUGCAGAGACUGCUUAGGUUUCCUUGGGGCUUUGAAAAAUAUUUUUCUGAGAGCUUGAAGCCUUUGUGGUUGGCACAAUGAUGUCAUUGACUGACCAUUUCAGUAAGGUCAAAGAUGAACUAGAUGUGUGCAUUAUCUGAGCCAUUUGAUUUCUAGACUUUCAUUUUCUAUGUGUAUAUUUCUAUGAGUAUAUUAUAGCCUGUCUUUUUUUCUUUCU